UAUGUGCGGGUAUUACUUCUUGGUAUUGUGAUCUUCUCUUCUUUGUUGUACGGUGGAGUGGACUAAGGAGGUUGAUCUCCAACGAGCCUUGGCCGGAAAUACGUUCUUCAUUAUUGCAUGCCUACCGACUGCAACCUGAAUUAUGCCAGCUGGAGAGCAAUCACGGGUGAACGGUGCACGCGGGACUUCUGAAGGGACCGGUAGAUCGAAACGAAGACGGGUCGAUACUGAAAAUAAAGGAAAGCAGGAAGGUGAACUGGACGGCACCCCGCAAAAGCGACAGCGAGUAUCUCGAGCCUGUGAUCAAUGUCGCAGCAAGAAAGACAAAUGCGACGGUGCACAGCCAGAAUGCUCCACGUGUGUCUCCUUGCGUAGACCAUGUACCUACAGGACGAAUCCCAAGAAGCGUGGACUGCCGACAGGAUACAUCCGCACGCUCGAGUUGCUAUGGGGCCUUGCUUUCUCCGAGAUCGAGGGAAGUGAAGAAGUCGUCAGAGUACUUUUGAGGAAGGCAAACAUACUGCGACAUCUAGCGGCAAUUGGAAAGGAAGGAGAAGCUGCUGAUACCCCUCAUGCUACGUGGAAAAACAGUGUCGUUCUUAAAGAGAUUGAGAAGUUGCUUUCUGUCUUAGAACAGCAUGAAGAUGAUGCCGGAACAACAAGUGUGGGGGAUUCUUCGAACGCACCUCUCUCCGAACAAGACUCGCUUCAGUCUCAUACUCUUGUAUGGAAUGUCCCGGAUAAGUUUGCGUCCAUGGGUGACGCUCCUGUCUCUCCUGGAGAAGAGCCAAAGCGACCUAUUAAACCCAAACCGUCGAUUCAAUCAUCACGACAAGAAUCAUCACGACAAUGUGGAACACAAACGGAUCUGCCAGAACUGCCAGCGGAAUCAAAUAUAUUUACUUCUUCGCUUGCUAGACCGCAUAAUCCCGCCCAUUUAACGAUAACCGAUUCAGUGGCUUCGUCGGGUCUUCACCUUCCUUCGAAUGCUUGGCAGCUGUUUGACAUAUACUUCUCCUACACGCAAUGUUGGUUUCCUAUAAUCGAAAAGCACGAUAUGCUUAGAGCCGCGUUUUCCUAUAGUGACCGUCCUAUGAAUAUUUCAAGCUCUUCUCCAGACUCCGGGGAACACGCAGCCAUGUGGGCUGCGAUGGCGCUGGCGUCUGUACAAAAUGAAUCGUCUGCAUCCUCGCAACGGAUACCUUCACCUCACUUUGAUCGACUUCAGUCGGAAAGAAUUUAUGCAAUAUCCAGAAAUUUGAUACCCCAGGAGAGCGAAAACUACGGGCUAGGGCAUAUUCAGGCCUUAUUACUCCUUUCGUUGGUUAAGCUUGGACAACGCAAGUGGCAUGCUGCGUGGACCCUCAUCGGUCAUGCGGUCAGAAUCUCUCUGUAUCUCAGACUAGACCAGCCCUCAUUAUCCAGUCCGAGAGAUGUCUCUGAUGGAAAAGCAAACGGCAGGCGAAAACACAUUUUUCUAGCUUGUUUUGCUCUGGAGACACUUGUUGCAAGCCAGACUGGCAAUCUUCCGUACUUGAGUAGAAACGAAGCAAUGGCAGUUGGACCACUCGAUGAAGAUGGCUUGGAAGAAUGGCAUCCGUGGGAAGAUAUGAGCACCAUACGCCCUGAACGAACAUCCUCCGAGUUGCCUCGUCGUGAACCUCUCCACGCCCUAAGCACAUUCAAUCAUCUCAUCUCGCUUCUAUGUAUUCUGAACGAUCUAUGUCGUCGAAAGCGAGAUAAACUAACAACACUCGCGCAAUUGGAGCUCAUUGUGCAUGACCUGCAGCGCUGGCUGGCUGAUCUCCCUGCAAAAUAUCAUGUGCAGCCUCAAGCAGAUUCGUCUUAUCAACUCCCACCGCACCUGCUGUGCCUUCACAUAGCUUAUCAAAGCAUAGUCACGGCACUAUACAUUGAAGCUCUCCAAAAGGGACCAGUUUCCCUUGUACAAGCAUUCAGAAUCCGUCUAGUUGACAGUGCGAGAAGAGUGGCUCGGCUGAUGGAGGCAUACAUAAGCGCCUAUGGCGUAUCUGCAACUAUGCCUAUCUUCGAAAUAUUUUUGAAGUUAACUGGAUGGGAACCGUGGAGCCGGGAGACGCCUUCUCCUAUCCUCAGUGUUAGUCCGGAUCUUUUACCAGUAUUUCGGUCCUUAUCUUCUCAGAUAAGCCGUGUCUGGGCAGCAACUGUCACUCCUCUGCUAGAGGUAGCUUCUGUUGCGGAUAUUGCCCUAAGGCCCAUUGGCGAUGCCAGUCGUUCAUCACCCAGUGCGGUCUCGGAUAGGACUACGUUAUCAUCUCAUAAGCGAUAUCAUUCAAACGAUAUGAACAGCCGAAGAGAUAUAGCGGAAAUUGCACGGCCUUCUGAUCUCAGCUUUGAUGCAACGGUAGCUCCGUCGUGGACAAGGACGCUAUCAGAUGUCACCAUGAGUGCGGUGCCACAACAAUCCCCCAGCUUGGCUGUCCCCGAUGAAACAUUUGAGUCUUCACCUGAUAUACACCGAGGCAGUAUUAUUAUUCCAAAUGAUGAUGUCGAUCGUAAUACUGCCGGGAUUACCGCAAAGGUAGAUCCUCCCAUGUUGCCUGAAUUUUCUUCGGCACUACAGCCUGCACGAGGACCGUAUCAUCAAACGAAUACCGGCACCGACCCGUCUCUAGGACCAGUACUAGAUAUCGAUGGCUACGGUCCAGCACAAAAGUCUAGGAUAGCCCCGGACUUGGACACCCUGUUUGACGAAUUGGCUUCAUUAGACGGUGGUGAUAAUAGCAGGACCGAUAAUCAGCCUGAGUUCAUGCAGAACCUUGGGUUCGCUCCAGACUCUGGAGUUUCAGAACUCUACUCUUAUUACAGUCAGCUGGAUCCGUUGUUGCCUCCUUAAAAGGUAGCACCCCAUCCGAGCUCCCUAAUAAUCGACCCCGGGAAGCAAAAUUCGCCGGACUUUGUCUCUUUCAAGCACUGGGAUGGCAUUCAUAGUGGCUUCGAAGUCUCCCAUGGCGAAAAUUCUUUUCUUUGAGUUUUAUAUUUCAAAUGGCUUUACGGUGCCUAUAUGAC